UAUUGUUUGUUGUUGUGGAGCUGCUGCCGUUGACCUAAUUCAGCACUCUUAAAUUGAAUCUCCAAAUGUUUACAGGGUGGAUUUAUUUGUUUGUUUGUUUGUUUUUAAAUGGACGGCGUGCCCUGCCUUCGUGUGUCUCAGUGUCACGCACAGCAGUUCAGGAAAUGUCUGCAGUCCAGGGGAGCUCUUGACCUGAGUUUGUGUCUGCUGAAAGACUCAGAUGGGACAGUUUUGUUGCCCAUUUUACAGUCCUGUCUGUCACACCUCGAUCUGAACUCUCUCAGGAGCAUGGUGUCUUCAGACAGUGCUUGUGAAAUCGUUUGGAGUCAGUCUCCUCUACAGUCAAAGAAAGAGAAGGGAAAGACAAGUGGCAGUAACCUUGAGAAAAUUCUCCAGGAGCUGUUGGAGUCUCAUGGUGAAAGAUGGACCGAGGAGCUGAGGGGGGACAUCCCUCGCAGCUUCCAGAGGCACGGAGACCUGGUCCUGCUGGGAGACGGCUGUUUCUCCCUGCCACUGUGGAAGAAAAUGGAUCGACAGCUUUGGAGUGCAGUGGCAGGAGGGCUGGGGGCAAAGCGUUUGGCAAAGAUGAGCCGAAUAUCCAGGGAUGGAUUUAGGUCUCCUGUGGUGACGAUGCUGUUAGGAGAGCACAGUUGGGUCACACAUGUGGACAAUGGUAUUAGGUAUGAGUUUGACGUUACCAAAUGUAUGUUCUCAGCUGGAAACAUAACAGAGAAACUCAGAGUAGCUGGAUUUGACUGCAGAGGGGAGACUGUGGUGGAUUUAUAUGCAGGUAUCGGCUACUUCACUCUCCCAUAUCUGGUCCACACGGGGGCCAGUCAUGUUCACGCCUGCGAGUGGAACCCUGAUGCUGUUGAAGCUUUACAGAAAAACCUUAAGGCAAACGGUGUGUCCGACCGCUGCACGAUUCACCAGGGAGACAACAGACAACUCCAGCUGUGUGACAUUGCUGACAGAGUGAAUCUUGGUCUCAUACCGAGCUCUGAGGACGGCUGGCUUGUCGCCUGUCGUCUGCUGAAGAGAAACACUGGUGGCAUUUUGCACAUUCACCAGAAUGUUACCUCACCGUCACCGAACACUGCAGCCAUUCCAGCAAUCAAUGAUGCCACCCAGAGGGUUUCUGGGAAGAAAGCAGACAGAGAGGUGUGGCAGGCCUGGGCGGAUGACACAGCGAACCGCAUCACUUCUCUUUUAAAGGACAUCAGUGGUGUGAGGUGGAUAACAAACAUCCAGCACAUAGAGCACGUUAAGUCGUAUGCACCUCAUGUUCACCAUGUGGUGCUGGACUUGGAGUGUAGACCAUCCUGA